UAUUCUUCCUUCAUUUUACCGACAAUCGCCAUCAAAAGGUGACAGUGCGUAAAAGCUGCUGAAUCAUGUAAACAUAGUCACGUCGCAGGUGAAGAGUGAAAGUUAAAUGGGUUUAACGUUUUGGCUCACAUGAAGUAAACCAGUAUAACUAAUUAGACACAUAAGAAUAAACUGUUCUUGGCGACAUUUACGGAUUAAACGUUUCUGUAGAAAAGAAAUGUGUCAAAGGAAAGGAAAACGCAAAAGUAUGUACAAAAAAUCAAUGAAGAUCUUCAAGAAGACUGUGAUACCAUUAAUUGUGCAGUUGUUGGCACUAGUCCGCAUUAUCAUUGACCGAAUAAUAGAUUUCUGCUUUUCUCUGUAUUAUGAUGACACCAAGAAGAUAGCGGUGCCUGAAGCAAAAACUUCUCUUUUGAUGGAAAGUGCACUUUCCUUGGCGAAAAAAAUAAGGAACAAAGAAAUAACAUCUGAGGAAGUGGUUCGGUGUUUUGUGGAACGCAUACAGGAAGUGAAUCCAAUAUUAAAUGCUGUUGUGGAUACACGUUUUGAAGAAGCUCUCACUGAAGCUAAAGAAGUGGAUAAAAUUUUGUGUUCUGAGACUGCAAGUGAUGUUGAACAGAAUAAACCUUUUCUCGGUGUUCCUUUUACAACCAAAGACAGUACAGCAUGCAAAGGGUUGUUGCAUACAAUGGGCAUAGUGUCUCGCAGUGAUGUGAAGGCAACUGAAGAUGCUGAUGUAGUAGCACUGAUGAAAAAUGCUGGUGCUAUAUUAUUGGCAGUUACAAAUGUGCCUGAAUUAAACUUAUGGUCUGAAACUCGUAAUAAUGUUAUUGGACAAACCAAAAACCCAUACGACACGAGAAGAAGUGUUGGUGGAUCAUCUGGCGGUGAGGCAAGUCUCAUUGCUGCAGCUGCUUCUCCAUUAGGUAUAGGCACAGACAUUGGUGGUUCCAUUCGAAUUCCAGCAUGUUGUUGUGGUAUUUUUGGUCAUAAGCCAACAACGGGCUUAACACCACUGAAAGGGCUAACAUUUAGAACUGGAGAAGAAGGCCAGACAAUGGUUACAGCAGGACCUAUGACAAAAUAUGCAUGUGACCUGAAGCCAUUUCUUAAAGUACUUUUAGGUGGCAAUGUAAGCAGGCUAAGGCUGGAUUUGAAGGUAAACCUGAAAGAUCUGAAAGUCAUGUACAUGGAAGAACUAAAUGAUCCCCGUACAAGCUUUGUGACAGAAGACAUCAAAGUGGCAUUGCAGAGAGCCACUGAUUAUUUUCAGGAGAUCUCACACAAUAUUGAAAAGGUCAAAUUUGCUCACAUGAAGUACAGUUUUACUCUGUGGAAAUAUUGGAUGAGUAGAGAACCUACCAAUUUUGCAGCAGAUCUGGCAAACAGAAAGGGUUCAUUAUCACCAUGGAUUGAACUACCAAAGAAGUUAUGUGGCUGUAGUCAGUUUACAUUGGCUGCAAUAAUUGGGCUUGUGAACAGUCAGUUGCCUCCUGUAAAUAAGAAAUGGGCUGAAACAGUUACUGCAGAACUGAAAGAGGAAGUGUGUGAAGUUCUUGGUGAGAAUGGUAUCCUGCUGAUUCCUAGCCAACCAACAACUGCUGGAUAUCAUUACACAGCAUUUUUGCGACCAUUCAACUUCAUGUACUGUGGGAUAUUCAAUGUUCUGAAACUUCCAGUGACACAGGUACCAGUGGGACUAGGGAGAGAUGGAUUGCCAAUUGGCAUACAGGUAGUUGCUGCACCAUACAACGAUCAUCUGUGCCUUGCGGUUGCUGAGGAAUUGGAAAAAGCAUUUCAUGGUUGGGUUCCCCCAUUCCCAACCAAGCCAUAAAUGUGAGAAACACACCAUAAUCAUGGUGAAGUUUCUUCUGUCAACUUAUGAAUGACUGUAUUCAUGUUGUAUAUUGGUAUGCAGAUUGUUAAUUUAAUAAUAUGAUCAGUUGUGGAACAGGUAUUACAAACUGCAUUUUAUGCGAGUUGGAGCUCAUGUAUCUUUAUCGGUAUUAAUGGUAAGGUUUAUUUAAAUUUCCACAUUGAAAAAUGUUUACACAUUAUGGAAGAAGAAGCUUAACAAUCAAUAAGAGACUGAUUUUUAUAUCUGCUUCAUUUUUUUAAUAUGAAUACAUAUGCAGUGGAUAAUAAUGUAAUCCAUUACAAAUUUAUAAGCACAAAAAUAACUUGAUAUAAAUGAAACUGUCCCUCUUAUUGUGCUGUAUUGGACGGAUUUUAUGUCUUUGUCCUUCACAUGGAUGUAUUACAACAGAAACUUAAUCACUGAAAAUAAAGUGAAGUGAUACAAGAGGUUUAAAAAAAAAAAAA